AUGCGUCUAACUGUUGGCCGGGAGUCGGGCCCCCGUGUCCCCGGCCUCGCCCGGGUGGCCCGGCGGCGGACUUGUGCCAUUUCCCGAGGGGGGGUGCGCACGCACCGCUACCCUGGGUACCCCUUUCACGCAACUUGUCGUCGGCCGGGAGUUGAGCCCCAUGUCCCCGGCCUCGCCCGGGUGGCCCGGCGGCGGACUUGUGCCAUUUCCCGAGGGGGGGUGCGCACGCACCGCUGCCCUGGGUACCCCUUUCACGCAACUUGUCGUCGGCCGGGAGUUGAGCCCUCAUGUCCCCGGCCUCGCCCUGGUUGCCCGGCGGCGGACUUGUGCCAUUUCCCGAGGGGGGGGUGCGCACGCACCGCUACCCUGGGUACCCCUUUCACGCAACUUGUCGUCGGCCGGGAGUUGAGCCACCAUGUCCCCGACCUCGCCCGGGUGGCCCGGCGGCGGACUUGUGCGAUUCUGGUCACGAUUCCAUCUAUUGGUGGAAGGUGGAACCAAAAAAAAUGCUGGUAG